CUUUCAUCUCUUUCUCAAAGGAAGAGAACGAACCGUCUGAAGAAAAUGAUUCUGAACCGGAAACUACGACAGAAGAAUCCAAAUAUGAGCCAAAUACUAUAUCAGUAUUCACAACAAUUUCUACUGAUUUUCCAUCAACAAUCGAUACUGUUAGCAGUGAGGAAAAGAAUCCAGAUAAUUACUCAAGUAGCCCAUUAUCUUUGAAUAAUGACACCUCAUCUGCCGUAUACGACGAGAUAAAAACUGAAAAUAUAAAAAAUACAGAAACAGAAUUUAAUGAUCUUGCAGAUAUUGAAUCAACAACUUUUAGUGAAGCAAAGUCAACACCAUCCGCUAACAGUUCUUCAAACACAAAAUUGCCUUCUAUGACUGAAACUAAUCCAGAUUUAUCGACGGACACAAUGCCUUUGAAGACAACUGAUACACCUUUAACAACUUACACAGUAACAGAGAUUGAAACAACAGUUAAAAGCAUAUCGAAUUCUCCCUCAAGCAUUAUUACAAAAAUAUCCACUACUUCUAAUACUGAAAUGAAAGUUUCUUCAAGUAGUACAACUGCAUCUUUCGCAACAAAGAAUUCAUCAAACUCUGAUCUAAACCUUACCACAGGCUCAAGCAUUGAAAUUAGCUCAACUGAAAAUAGUACAUUGAAUGAACCAAAACUCUCCAGCAGUUCUUCAACAUCACCGAGGACUGAGACGUCAUCUAAUUCGGAUUAUUCUGAGUCAUUUCAAACGGAAGGUGUAACGUCGAUUGAAAACUCAACAAAGUUAGACCAUGUUUCGAAAUCAGAGGUAGUAACAUCUUCGACUGUAACAUUAGGUUUAACAACGGCUGUAAACUUAAACACAGCGGAAUCAGCAACUACCGAAAACUCAACGAAAAUUGUAUUUGAAAAUUCAACAAAUAUUUUAAUUGAAAAUGAAACAGAGAUUGAAUCGAAAACGUCCACAAAAAGUGAAAUCGAAAUUCAGAUAGGAGUCAAAACGACAAUUCCGACCGAAGCCGUGAAAACAACUGAUACAGAAAUUAGAACAGCGCCCACCGCAACCGAAAUGACAACCCAAGCUGAUAAAGAAAUACUACAAACUGACGCUGAAAAAACUGCACAAACUGAAACCAUAACAACAACGCGGACUGAAACCGAAUCGACAACUCAGACUGAAACCGAAUCGACAACUCAGACUGAAACCGAAUCGACAACUCAGACUGAAACCGAAUCNUGA